AUGGAGCACUCCUCCGCCUCUCGUUCGCACGCUGUCUCGCCUCGCGGCAGCAGCAACAACAGCAACAGAUCCCCUCCGCGCGAGAAGCGCAAACUCGAGUCCUUCCUGACCGAGUCCGGCGAGACGUGGGAGUUCACACGACCCGUCAAGAAGUCCCGUUCGUCCGGGCCUGGCAGUAACACCAGUACCACCGCCCUGGGUUCGCCUACUCGUACCCAAAGGCCUUCUUUCUCAGCAACCUCGCCGACUCACGGCAAGCGGUCUCUCGACCCGUCGGACCAGGAUACCGACGCUCACUGCCCUUCGCAGGGCCAGUUGGCUAAGCCCUUCUCGCAGCAGAAGAAAGGGGACCGCAGCACCGGCCUACAUGGUAUGUUCGAUGCGGGCUCUGUCGCCAGUCAGAGUGCCGGCUCCGUGGAGUCCGAGGAGGAGCUCCCGGACUAUGAAGAUGACGAAGAGGUCACCGUCGGCCAGCAUGCCGACAACAACCUGGAUCAAUUGGCACCGUUCCAGGGGCCUGCCAUGACCCUGCCUCCCGCCAGUCACUACCAGGAGGGUCAGGAGUCGAGAAUGUCUAUGGUGGCAUCAAUUGAGACCGACCAGGACAUGGAGUACCAGACUGUGGUCAGUGGUGAGUACGCUGCCGUUGCUGGCAAUGGCGCGUACGAAGCUGCUUCAACCACCAGACCUGUUGUCUGGUCAUCUCUGGACCCCCGACUCGAGAGUGAUGUCGACAGUCCGCAACUGCUCCGAAGCAGGUUUGCUGGGUUCGCUCAAGCUGCCGCAAUGGUUCAACACCGUUCCAAGGCACAGCAGCGAUUGGCGAGGGAGCCUGGACAUACCAGUACCUCAGCCAACAUUCUCAGCCCUGUCACAGCUGUGGAUACCGCCACCGCCGCCACCACCGAGGACUACGAGAUUGAUCCAGCCUUGUUACAAGACGAAGACCAUAAGAUCGACCCAGCCUUGUUGCAAGACGACGAGUUGGUAACCUAUCCAGCUUGGUUGCAAGAAAACGGGUUGGAGAUGGAUCCAGCUUUGUUACAAGACGACGAGUCCAACAUUCAAUCCAGCACAAAGUCCAUAGAAGCCGGCAACGUUCAGCGCGCUCUUUCACCAGUCCCAGAGCUCAUGGAGCCGCCAACUUCGCCAGUCAAGGAGCUUUCGCCGCCGGGAAGACGUUCAACUACAAUGUCUCCUGCAACUUUGCCACCAACUACCAUGGACGAGCCAUCACAGCAGCUUUUGUCUGAGCUCGAGAAGUACGCCAGCGACCGCAGAAACUGGUACGCAAAACAAGUGAAGCACGAAAGAGUGAAUGAAGAGGAAGUCAAGGGACAAGACGUCUGCGCACAGUCCAUCCGCGCCAGCCACAACCCACCAAACAUCAGCCACAUCCCGCAACCGCAACCAGACGCGUCCAUUCCACCACCUCUGACACCAACAUUUGCUCACACCAAGGAGAAAACCCAACACAUCAUGGCCGUUCACACGGCCGAAGGUCCCAAUGAGGACGGCUUUGAUCUCUUGCGCAUUUGUCUGGGAGAACUAGAUGGUCCCAUGGAUGUUGACGAUGAAGACGACCUUGCCGUCCAGGACUAUUCUCGCGAUAGAAUUCGCAAACGACGCGACGAAGACAUCAGAAAGGCCAAAGCACUCAUCGAUGCGCGUCGCAAAUUUCAGAUUCAGCGCAAUCACUUUGAUGAAGCACCAGACUCUGCGCCUAUAGUUGAGGACGAAUCAGACCAAGAUGAUGAAGACCUCCUGUAUACCGAUCAUCUUCUUGCCAGCUCUGAUGACCAUUUCCAUGCCGAAAAGAUCCGCCUUCAGGCCGCACUUGAGCAUUGGGAAUCGCCCUGGCCAAACCCAUCCACUCUUCCAUCCGAACAUUGGGCACAGCAAGCCCUCACUUUUGCAAACAACCAAGCAAAUGCAAUCAACUCCGCCGAGAAGCAUUACUGGGCCUGCCGCAACAUUCAAGCAGAGUCAUAUGCUGAAGGAAAAUUCAACUCUGGCCGAGGCUCGAAUCUUCAUAUCUCAAUCUCCCUCAUUGACUGGAAGAAGAGCAUCGCAGUGUCAGAUGAGGAAGCCGAAGCCUUUGCUGAACAAGUCAGCCAGAUUCAACUCAUCGAGGAAGACCAGGAAGCUCCUUUGAGAGCCAAGCUCGCCCUCUUCCUUUCCGAACUGCCUCAUGAACUGGACCAGAAAGUCACAGAAAUCCUCAGCAUCACCAACCCUGGCAGAGCGAUCGUCAAGUCUCCUGAAGGCAACGACUUGACUCGCAAAGACUUUGCUACUCUCCUUCAUUCCGCAAACUACCGCACCGGCGAGCCUGAAGGAUGGCUCAACGACGAGAUCAUCAAUGGCUUCUUCACCGCUUUGUGCAAUGCCAUGAACGAUAAGGCUGGUCAUACCAAAGGCAAAGUACCUCCAUACGCAUCCUAUAUAACCGGAUGGUAUUCUUCAGUUACUAAGAAGGGUAUUAGCGCCAUCGAAAGAUGGUCACGCCGCAAGGGUAUCAAGGGAGACAAGCUGCUGCAGUGCAAGCGCAUCUUCUUCCCUGUUAACCCUGGCAACCACUGGUCACUGCUUGUCAUUUGCCCUGAUAUUCACACCAUUGAGUACCUCGACAGCUUGGACGUAGGUUACUCAGAAGAUAACCGUAAGAGCGCCCGUUACAUUAGACUGGCCCGCCAAUGGCUCGAGAUGGAGCUUGGCGACAAAUAUGUCGCAGGCGAAUGGAAGGAGGUCGACCGUCGCAGCUCAAUCCAAAACAACGGCUCGGACUGCGGCGUGUUCACCUGCCUCAACGGCUUUGCUUCUGCUCUCGAACUCUCCAAUCCUACCAAGGAGUUUGGUCCCGAGCAAAUUCCAUACGCUAGACGCGCUAUGGUCUCCCUGUUUAACCAUGGAGGUUUCAACCAGCACUUUGAGCUGUGA